AUGCCAGAUUUAGGGUUUGCGCGAAGAGGACCCGCCAUUCGUGCUCCCUCCCCUCCCUCGCUGCGCUCGGGGGGUCCCCCGAGCCGGGAGCACUCAGGCGGGCACUCUAAAGCCUCUCUCUACCCUGAAGGUGACCUUGCGAGGAGGAUCUACAAGAAAGGCAGGUUGGAAGCUUCAGAAGCGCUGCCGUACUGCGCACAGCUCGUACUCGCUUUGGAACAGCUGCACAACCGCCGUAUCAUACAUCGCGACCUCAAGCCAGCGAACGUCCUCAUCACUCGUGACGACAACCUCGUGCUCUCUGACUUCGGCUUAUCCAAAGCGUAUGGUCUGAGCGCCGAGCAGCAACCUUGGAGUCUGCGGGAGGAGUGGGCCUCGCAUCACGCCCGUCCUCGAAAGUCCGAUAUGGCAGACGUAUCCCGACGCGACUGCGGAACGACGGGGUACAUGGCUCCGGAGGUCUCUCGGGGCGACUGGUACACGUACUCUGCUGACGUCUUCAGUCUCGGGGUCGUGUUCUUUGAGAUGAUUCACGGCAAGCUUCCUUACGGUGUCAAGUGCAGCGGCGCUCGCGACCAGCGGGUGGUGUACGAGAGGAUGAUGACACAACCUGUCGUGGUGAGGCCGGAAAUCGGUGGAGAGGCCCGUGACUUACUCUCUUGGAUGCUGAAGAAGGAGCCGUCGCGUCGGCCGACCUUGGAACAGAUCAAGAAUCAUCCCUGGUUCACCGCAGUGAAAUGGAAAGAGCUGGCGCGCAGAAAGCAACCCUCUCCAUUGCGACCCUCCAACAACUUCCCACCUUCGAGCACCCCCAAGAUAUCUUUCGGGACGCCAUACGCGGAGGGUGAAACCCCUCACUGGUGGUACCAGUGGCUCUGUCCUACGUUCCCAUUGCAAGUCUCCGCCAAGUCCCGCAAGUCCCGUCGCAUGAGCACGGCUUUUACGCCACUCCCUGCGGACCAGAUACAGAGAAGCGCUAGUUUUCCUGCUCAUCUUUCCGCCGUCUUCGCGUCCCGAGGGGCGCAGCUACCGCAGACUCCAUGGAUGUUGCUCACGCCGCCCCUUACGCCCACCGUAGCGAACGAAGGGUUCACUCGAGGGUCUGGGCACGGGCAGAGCCAGUCGCUCGCUGUUCCGCGUCCGUCGCUUGGGCGGCGUUCGUGCUCGGCAGCGACCCUUGUCUCGGAGGGUAGCCACGUGAACCGCAUUGCCCAGAGCCAGGACGAGAAGCGAUUGGCACAUACAUCUGGCGAUUCGGACUUCCAUUCGAUCAAGCUCAGCUCUCAGAGUCGUACGUUCACUGCGACUUCCCCACUACUGGAGCCAGUGACACCUUCGCUCCCGCCCGCCACUGCUGAUGAUUGCCCAGUUUCCUUUUUAGAGCGUAGUGAGGACCUGGACGAGUCCAAGCCACACAUGCUUCCGCCAACCACUACGCCCCAGAAGGUGUCCGCCUUGGUCGCGCGCGUGUGGUCUGUCCUGAGCGGGGUGCAUAUUGUGCGUCAUGAGAAAGGUAUGAAACCAUUGAAUGCCCUAGACUGA